CAUUUCCAAUAUUUGUAGAUGAGACAGGACUAAAUGUGAGUUUUGUCCUUGUGAUCCUAACAUGCCCGAGGUACUACAAUUCUCAACAAUCACUUAUAAUAGCUCAAAUUCAAGGUUAUGAGUGAAUUGCAGAUUUACACAAAAUGGCAAAGUAUAUCGAAGUACAGAAAAUAAAGAAAUCUAUUCGAAAAAUAAGAGAGAUAUUUGGAGAUGAUUGUGAUUUUGUGAAAUCCUUCGAUUUGCUAGUUGAUAGUUACUCCGAGGAUUCCAAGAUAUCUGAGCAAGGGGGUCAAAUAUCAAAUACUGCCUUUAAUCGACGGAUUGACACACUGCAUAAAAUAUUAGCUACGGUUCAAGAGAUUCCAGAAGUUCUUCAAGUUCCUAUAAAGUGUCCGUUGUUCAUAACUGGUAACAUGCGUACAGGCUCGACAUUUUUGCAUCACCUUUUGUCUCUUGAUUCUGCGUUCCUUUCGCCCCCUGUUUGGCAGUUUGAAAACCCAUCACCAUUUCCAGUCGACUUCAAGGAAGAAAGAAUGAAAGAUUUCCAACCAAUUGCAGAUCUGUGGAACUCGAGACCUGGAUUCACUGCAGUACAUCCAGCAUUCACCCCUCUUUCUAUUGAAGAAUGUUUCUGGAUAUUUUUCCGGACUGGUGUGUGGAGGGACGCUAACACAAGCAUGUUAAAUUCAGACAGUUAUAUCGACUGGUAUGAGAAUAUGACACAACAGGAGGAAUUGAGAAUUAUCCGGCAUUAUAAGAAGGAACUCCAGAUCAUUGCCUUUAAACAAGGAAAUGAUGACAUGUCAUAUAUAAGAAAAGAUUCAUAUCAUUUGAGAUUCCUCCCAACUCUCUUGGAGGUUUUCCCCGAUGCAAGAAUUGUGCAUUUGGUCAGAGAUGCAGCUGCGAACUUAGCUUCCAUAUGUUCAAUAUCUUACAUUGUUGCUACAUUGAUAUAUGAUGAAAAGGACAUCGAUCGUGUAAAGAUUGGCAAACUGGCAAUGAGGUACAGUAAAUUCGGCAUGAGGAAGUUUCUGGAGUAUAGGAAAAUAUACGAUGCCCAGUUGAAGCCAGGGGAACGAUCAGUAUUCUACGAUGUCAAAUAUGAGAGUCUUCUGGCUGAUCCAGUUGAAACAAUGAGUAAAAUAUAUUCUCAUUUUGAAAUGGACCUAAUUGAUGAAACUAAAGAGAAAGUAGGUGUUUAUCUGGAUGAUUGUUCAAAGAAUUGGAAAGCCACAUAUCCGCAUUCUUUAGAAAACUUUGGUAUUACUCAAAACGACGUUGAUGAAAUGUAUCAUGAUUACAUGAAAUACUUUGGUUGAUGCAUAAAGCAUUUAAUCACCACCUUGCGAGGCCUGAUUGUACAUUUACAAAAUAAGGCUUAUGUUUUACUACAGUGUGUCCCAAAAAACGCAACAAAGAAAAACAU